CUGUAACAAUUUUGUUGUUGUUGUUGUAUCGAAGUUCUGGCUCCAGAGCAGGGAGGGAGAGGGCAAAAGCUGCAAGAACAUUCUUCAACAAGAAGCACAACCAGCCCACCCAGUGAUACACCAAAACUUUCAUUAGUAGUAAAUCGGCGAUAACUGAACGAAAUGACAAGGGAAUUGCAAAACUGAGCGAAGAGAUUUCUUACAAUCUUCAGGGCACUGCCAGGUCCAGGAUAUCUGAGAACAGAAAUUCUUUAGAAAAUAUAUCAAGUGCCCAGCAAGAACAAGAAUUGUGAAAGGCGUAGUGCGUUCCACAGCGUCACAGGACAACAUGAGCGAAUACUGGUUAGUUUCGGCCCCUGUUGACAAAUCGAACCAACAAAUAUGGGAACGAAUGAACACUGUAACUGAAAAAGCCAGUUUAUCAAAUAAUUAUAAAUUUCCGAUCCCUGAACUCAAGGUGGGGACAUUAGACUCACUGGUUGGACUCUCAGAUGAACUUGGAAAACUUGAUACGUUUGUUGAAGGCAUUGUAAAGAAGCUGGCGCAGUACACAGCGGAUAUUAUGGAAGAUUCGAAGGAUAAAGCUCAAGAGAACCUAUUAGCGAAUGGAGUUGAUCUUCAUCGAUAUGUGACACAUUUUCAGUGGGACAUGGCUAAAUAUCCUAUAAAACAGUCACUUCAAAAUCUAACAGAAGUUAUUACUAAGCAAAUCUCGCAGAUUGACACUGAUUUAAAGUCCCGUGCAAUGACCUAUAACAAUACCAAGGGAAAUCUACAAAAUCUGGAAAGAAAAGCAGUGGGUAGCCUUUUGACUCGUACUUUAGCAGACAUUGUAAAUAAGGAAGAUUUUGUGUUAGAUUCAGAGUAUCUCACCACUCUUCUGGCCUUUGUCCCAAAGUCCAAUUAUAUUAACUGGCAAAAGACAUACGAGUCCCUUGCUGACAUGGUGGUUCCUCGAUCAACCAAAAUGAUCAUAGAAGAUACAGAGGGAGCCCUCUUUACAGUAACUCUCUUUAAGAAAACUGUGGAUGAAUUCAAAAUCAGAGCCAGAGAAAACAAGUUUAUAGUACGUGAAUUUAACUACAGUGAAGAGGAGUUGUACGCUGAGAAGGAAGAAAUGACAAGACUAAGUGCAGACAAGAAACAACAAUAUGGUCCUUUGCUGCGUUGGCUAAAAGUUAAUUUUAGCGAAGCAUAUAUUGCCUGGAUUCACAUAAAAGCUUUGAGAGUCUUCGUUGAAUCUGUCCUUAGAUAUGGGCUUCCUGUUAACUUCCAAGCCAUGCUUCUACAACCAAAUAAAAAAACCAUGAAGCGACUCCGAGAUGUGCUAAAUGCACUUUUUAAACAUCUUGAUGAAGUUGCUGCAGCUAGCACCAUUGAUGUCAACAUGGAUAUCCCUGGACUGAAUGUUAGCCAACAAGAUUACUAUGCUUAUGUCUACUUCAAAAUUGACAUUGAUUUAUUUAAUUUUAAGUAAGUCUUUGACUAAAAUGUGAAAGAAUGAAUGCCACCUGGAUUUCUGUGUAGGACAAGUUUCUAAUAUAUAUAUAUAUAAAAUAUAUAUCACAUGCACGCACAAAAAAAAUACACAUGGAAGUGGGUUACUUGAUAAUUUUAAUUUUUUUUUACCUUAUUUCAAAUAAGAUUUUAAAAUAUGAUGAUGGUUAAGGCUUGUCUUUUAAUCA